UUUUUAGAUCGGGAAUUAUUCAAACUAGACUAAAACAGUAAAACUAGGAAACCCGCUACUGUAUAAAGUUACAAUUCCACAUUAUUCCAUGGCAGACUAAAUGAAUUAGAAGGUUAGGUGAAUUAUUAAUAUCACAACUGUAGCAGUCUCUUCGUCUGGCAGCUCAGUCAGACAAAACACAAAGUGGUUUAUGUGUAUAUUUAAUAAUUUUAGUUUGGGAAAAUGACAUAAACAAAACAAAACGUAUGGGCCCAUUGAUAAGUAUAGAUCACUGUUUAGCUAAAAAACGCAGACUCGUCUUUCCAAUCUUGAACACACAUACACAGUCACCAUCUCUCUCUUUCUCUCUCACUCACACAUUAGGGAAUCAAAAGCUACCAGAAAAACCUUUUUUUAUCUUCUCACGAAUUUAAUAAAGUAGGUGCUGAGAUUGCAAAACCUAAUCCAAGAUAUUCAAAGAAAGGCAAGAUUCAAGAACAGUAGUGAAAGAGAUCUGGUAAAAUGGCGAGAGAGAAGAUAAGGAUAAAGAAGAUUGAUAACAUAACAGCGAGACAAGUUACUUUCUCUAAGAGAAGAAGAGGAAUCUUUAAGAAAGCCGAUGAACUUUCAGUUCUUUGCGAUGCUGAUGUUGCUCUCAUCAUCUUCUCUGCCACUGGAAAGCUCUUCGAAUUCUCUAGCUCAAGAAUGAGAGACAUAUUGGGAAGGUAUAGUCUUCAUGCAAGUAACAUCAACAGAUUGAUGGAUCCACCUUCUACUCAUCUCCAGCAGCUUGAGAAUUGUAACCUCUCCAGACUAAGUAAGGAAGUCGAAGACAAAACCAAGCAGCUACGGAAACUGAGAGGAGAGGAUCUUGAUGGAUUGAACUUAGAAGAAUUGCAGCGGCUAGAGAAACUGCUUGAAUCCGGACUUAGCCGUGUUUCUGAAAAGAAGGGCGAGUGUGUGAUGAGCCAGAUUUCUUCACUUGAGAAACGGGGAUCGGAAUUGGUGGAUGAAAAUAAGAGACUGAGGGAUAAACUAGAAACGUUGGAAAGGGCUAAACUGAUUACGUUUAUGGAGGCUUUGGAGACAGAGUCGGUGACCACAAAUGUGUCAAGCUACGACAGUGGAGCUCCCCUUGAGGAUGACUCCGACACUUCCCUGAAGCUUGGGCUUCCAUCUUGGGAAUGAACCUGAGAGAGAGAAAGAUCCAGCAGAGUUGACUUCGAUGGAAGCCCACAAACUAUUAAGUCUAGUCUACCUUUUCCCUUUCUUUCCUUUGAAAUAAGUAUUGAAAAAAAAUUGGGAUGGGAAGAAUGAAUUCUCAUUGCAUUGCAGAGAAGCAAGUUUCAGACAUUGUACGUGUUAUUGGUUUUUAUAACUGUUUUGCACUAAAGGGAAAACAAUGGAUCUUAUAUUGUUCGUAUUCUUUUUCUUUAUUCCCAUUUUUGUUUUCAUUCAUUAAUGUUGCACUAAUUUUAUCUAAUGUUUUACUUUUACA